AUGCUGGAUAAGUUGACUGUCGUGUUUGCUCCUCCUCCAUCAACUGGUCCUCACAAGCUGAGGGAAUGUCUGCCUCUGACAAUUUUUGUAAGGAACAGACUUGAGUAUGCCCUGACUGGAGAUGAAGUUAAAAAAAAAAAAAAGAUUUGCAUGCAGCGCUUCAUUAAGAUUGAUGGCAAAGUCAGGACUGAUAUUACCUAUCCUGCUGGGUUUAUGAAUGUCAUCAUCAUUGACAAGACUGGAGAGAACUUCCAGCUGCUCUAUGACACCAAGGGGUGCUUUGCUGUUCACUGUAUUACACCCGAUGAGGCCAAGCUGUGCAAAGUGAGGAAGAUCUUUGUGGGCACAAAGGGAAUCCCACAUCUGGUGACCCAUGAUGCUCACACUAUUUGCUACCCUGAUCCCAUCAUCAAGGUAAACAUUCAUAUUGAUUUGGAGAUGGGCAAAACAACUGACUCCAUCAGGCUUGACACUGGGAACCUGUGUAUGGUGACUGGAGGUGGUAAUUUGGGAAGAAUUGGUGUAAUCACCAACAGAGAGAGAGAGAGAGAGAGAGAGAGAGAGAGAGAGAGAGAGAGAGAGAGAGAGAGAGAGAGACAUCCUGGCUCUUUUUAUGUGGUUCAUAUGAAAGGUGCCAAUGGCAAUAGCUUUGCCACUCAGCUUUCCAACAUUUUUUGUUAUUGGCAAGGGCAACAAACCAUGGAUUUCUCUUCCCUGAGGAAAAGGAAUCCACCUCACCGUUGCUGA